GGAAAAUACACGCAUUUCCUUUACUGCCGCACAAUUUCAGAGUGCGAACUCCGAAGCGAUUAGUUUGGCGCUUCUCGUUGCGAAGUUAGUGGGCCUUUUCCAGCAUCGCAAGGAGUGCCACUUCUAUGUAUUCUGUGUUCUCUGGCAGAUCAGGGAGGUGAUGUGAUGGUUAUGUGCACGCCUACGGAUGAAUGAAACAUUUGAAAGACUAAGUGAUCGUUGCGAGCAGGUCGAUACCAUCGUAUCGACUUACCAAGUGGACCUGGACACAGCACAUGCCUUGGAUGCAGCAUCCCCAGUUACGGUUGCGAGCAAUACCGGGACGUAGGACCAACCAGCGGGUCGCGACACGGCACCACGCGCAGUCUCUGCACUGAGUGCUGAGAAGUGUGCUGUGAAUAAGGGCCGAGAGACGCUACAUGGCAGCGGCUUGACGUGGUACUAGCCCUAGCUAGUACAUUGUAUCCACCUGAGAACACAAGCACAGUAGAUCUACUACUAGCACUCCAACCAGUCCUGGACCAUUGCUCUGACUUUAGCCACCAAGCCAACCAAGCUGGGGAGAUGAGCAACACCAGUCCAUGCCGCCUCAGUCAACCUUCGGCCGCCAAGCCGGCUGGUUUAGCACCCUGACAACAGGAGCUUCAGACGAAAAGGGACAAAUCGCAGGAACCUACCUCACAAAAUGCAUGCGCAGCAGGACACAGUUCGUCCAGUGUGCAAGACUCUCGGCACCGUGCCAGGCCACAGUCAUGCUACACUGAAAGUGACUCGAAGAUUUAUUCUCAAAGUUCAGUCCAAGAUUCCGAAACUAUACAUUGCACUAUGCCUCGCUCCAUGCGUCGCAGAAGCCGGUCAAAAAAAGAGACGUCACUCUCUGCAAGGCAGCAGGAUCGAUACUCAGGUCCAUUAUCGGCACUUCCAAAGGACGAUGCUCCAUGUCACGUCAUGUUUAAUUUCCCGUCCAAGUUUCUUGGCUACAUCAUAACGUGCAAUGAGAUGACCAGGAUCAAUGCUAUGGCCAUGCGUCACAACGUGCGUGUGCAUAAAUCCCAGCCCACAGCGGCCGCACAAGGGUGCGGGGAUGAGUCCAACGGUCCAUCUCUCUCACUGACUGGGCAGUUCGAUGACGUUGUUCAGGUGCGAGAAGGCCUUGAACAGCUUUGCGCGGAGACACAGCAACGGACCAUCCCAUUCCAUAUGAUGCAGGAUGAACUUCUAACAAUGGCGUUUGAAAUGUUACGCACUGUCGAUCCUUUGCAAUUGUACAAGGCGGCUGCAGCGGCUUCAGGGAAGCAAUCAGUGCUUUCCAGUGAGUAUGCAGUGCCUGAAGAGUGGGAACCACAGGACACACAGCUGGAACUGAAACAGGUGAAUUCAAGUGGCGAUGAAUAUCAUCUAGUCCAAACCCUUCUGCACCACUCCCUACCAUCAGCUCGCAUUCAUCAUGUGGAGCGUAUUCAGAACAAGUUCCUGUGGACGCGAUAUUGCCAAACUAGGGAGAUGCUGAGACAGAAGAACGGAAAGGCUGUAGAAGACAAGCCUCUGUUUCACGGCACACGAACCACAGCUCCAGAAAAGAUAUUCAAGAGUGAAGUCGGAUUUGACAUGCGGUUCUCGGCGAAGGGAAUUUGGGGAGAAGCAAACUAUUUUGCUACUGAGGCCAAGUAUUCUAACGCCUUCGCCCAUAAACUGCCUGAUGGCAAGAAGCAAGUAUUUCUUGCUCAGGUCCUUAUUGGCGACAGUGUUCAGUUGAAAAAAGACAGGACUAUCCGUGUACCUCCUCUCAAACCAGCAGAGUCCUCAGCAACCUUUGGUGACAUCCGCUAUGACACAGUGAACGGCGUUACCAAGGGAACACGUGUCUACAUGGUCUACAACAACUGCCAGGCGUAUCCAUUCUACCUAAUCACGUACAGCCAAGGAGAAGAGCAUGAAUGUGCUGCAUAAGUGCCUGCUGGUUGCUGCAGUGUGAUAGGCAGAGGUUAAUGCCAUUAGGGAUGCAUGGCUUGUAGGGGGCGCAUGUCAGGUGACCGCCAUAAUGCUGCCGUGAAUUGCUGAUCUAAGCAAGUAAAGUAGGUUCCUCUACUCAAAAUAUUCAUAUUUUUUGUCAUUACAUUGUAUACCGGAUAAGAGUGGUUUCAGGUUUUUUCAACGUGAUUUGCCUUUAGGUUUUCUACUAUUUUUAUCUUUGUGAAAAUGCAGUCUUCACAGGUCUGAUGGAAAUAUGGACCAGGCAAUUAUUAACCAAUGCUCACUUAAAAGAUAUAUUACUCUAUAUUCUAUGUUCACAGAAAAAGAACAUUCAAGUUACUAGUUAUGA